CAUUUUUCGUUACUGAGUGACGCAUACUGUCUAUUUCACUAGCCGGAGCAAGCGGAUUUCAAGGCGGGACGCUAAAGUAUCAGUCCACAUAUUUUGUGCAGAUGUAGGGACGAUGCGUUUGCGGAAUUCCACACUAGCUUGGUGACAAUUCCUCUGCGAGCUAGAGCAGAUGGCGUGCAUCCCGUCUACAGUUGUCAGCAUCCGCGGCUUACAGUAGAAUAUCAGACUAGACGGGUUGUUUGUGUGGAGUGUACACAGCCUGACCGUGCCUCAGACGAAUACUCCUGCUAGAACGCCUCUUUCAAGUUUGUGCUUUCAGAGGACUGCAAAAUUUUGCAGACGACUGCCAGGCUGACUUGUGGAAAGACCGAGCCUGCAUUAUGUUCCUCGAAGUGGCAUUCCUCUUCAUGUUGACAAGCUUCGAUGCAUCUGCAUCCAGUGAGCCCCGCCCUUUUUAUGUCUUUGGUCACAUGGCGAACAGCUUGGAAGACGUGGACAAUUUUGUGGGUCAAGGUGUGAACGCUAUUGAGGCGGACCUUACAUUCGCCUCCGACGGAACGGCAGAGAAGUUCUACCAUGGAGGGAUCUGCGACUGCGGUCGAGACUGCGAAAAAUCUGUGGACGCCAGCACUUAUUUGUCCUAUUUGAGGGACGCCGUGAAUGAAGGUGGCAAGUUCACUGGCAAGCUCCAGCUUCUCUACGUUGACAGCAAGACAGGAAGCCUUUCCACUGACACGAAGUACCAGGCUGGCAUCAACCUCGCCAACAGCUUGAUAAACCACCUUUGGAACAAUGGUACAAUACCCUCCGAGUACAUGCUGAACGUCAUCGUGUCCGCAUUCUCAACGGACGAUAAAGACAUACUCGCGGGAGCACUCGACACAUUCAAGAAGGCUGGAAGUUCAUCGCUCUUUUUGGACCACGUGGGUUUCGACAUCAGUGGAUACGAGUUGCUCAAUGUCAUCGCCGAUACAUACGAAGAGCUCGGUAUCAGGGAACAUCGCUGGCAGGGAGAUGGGACUACUAACUGCCUGAUCGGCAUUUACUGGGACGUGCGUACCAAUGCGGCGACGUCACGGCGAACAGCUGCGAAUACGACCCAUGACUAUGUGGACAAGGUGUAUGUCUGGACUGUGGAUAUGCCAGUCACCAUACGUCGAUUCCUGAGGCUCAACAUAGAUGGUAUGCUCACAAACAAGCCGACAACUCUUCUCAAUAUCCUCCAAGAAUCUCAGUUCUCGAAGAUGUACCGUCUUGCAACUGCCCAGGAUAGCCCAUGGACGCGUAUUGUUUGAAUUGACAGUUUUGAUUGACGCUAAAAGAAAGUGCAUGGAAGCCAUAGCCCAAUCGUAAUAAAAACUUUGCCCGUUUA